AUGACUCCUAAAACCAGUAAAGCAGCAAAAAAGGCCGGCAAAGCCCAAACGAACAUUACCAAGGGCGAUAAGUCGAAGAGACGUAUUAAGCGUAAGGAGAGUUACGCUAUCUACAUUUACAAAGUAUUGAAGCAAGUCCAUCCCGACACCGGUAUCUCCUCCAAGGCCAUGAGCAUCAUGAACAGUUUCGUCAACGAUAUCUUCGAACGUAUUGCCGUCGAAGCCUCUCGUUUGGCCCACUACAACAAGCGCUCAAUCAUCACCAGUCGGGAAAUCCACACCGCUAAGCACGCCGUCAGUGAAGGUAACAAGGCUGUUACUAAAUACACCAGCUCCAAGUAA